UGGCCGCAACCGCCGAGUAAUUACCCGUUUGCGGCGUUGUUAUAUUUCGGUUUUUGUUCGUGAAAUAUGCUUCACGAAGACUGUGAUUUGAUCGUUGUAUAGUGAAAUAAAGUAAGGCGGUCAGCCAUGUCGCUGCCGCCUUAUCUGCUGGGGCCCAACCCAUGGGCCACCAUGAUGGCCCAGCAGCAGCUGGCCGCUGCGCAGCAAGCCGCCCUACAGGCGCACGCUGCGGCCGCUGCUGCUGCGCCACCGGUGCCACCAUCGCAGCCCCCGAAGCCGCACCAUAUUCCAGAAGAGAAAAUAAAAGAAAAAGCACAAAAAUGGCUUCAACUACAGUCAAAGCGUUUUGCCGAAAAACGCAAAUUUGGCUUUGUGGAUGCUCAGAAAGAAGAUAUGCCACCUGAGCACAUCAGAAAAAUCAUCAGGGACCAUGGUGACAUGACUAGUCGCAAAUACCGUCAUGACAAGCGAGUGUAUCUUGGAGCCCUGAAAUACAUGCCUCAUGCAGUUAUGAAGCUGCUAGAAAAUAUGCCAAUGCCUUGGGAACAAAUCAGAGAUGUUAAGGUCUUGUACCACAUCACAGGUGCAAUCACAUUUGUUAAUGAAAUCCCAUGGGUUAUUGAACCUGUAUACAUUGCUCAAUGGGGCACAAUGUGGAUCAUGAUGCGUAGAGAAAAGCGUGAUCGUAGGCACUUCAAACGAAUGAGGUUUCCACCUUUUGAUGAUGAGGAACCUCCUCUAGAUUAUGCUGACAACAUAUUGGAUGUGGAACCAUUAGAGCCUAUUCAAAUUGAACUUGAUCCUGAUGAAGACGGAGCUGUGGCGUCCUGGUUUUAUGACCACAAGCCACUUCUAGGAACCAGGCAUGUAAAUGGAUCUACAUAUAGACGCUGGAACCUGACUCUACCCCAGAUGGCCACACUUUACAGAUUGGCAAACCAGUUGUUGACAGACUUGGUAGAUGACAAUUACUUCUACCUGUUUGAUUCAAAGAGCUUCUUCACAGCAAAAGCCUUGAACAUGGCUAUUCCUGGAGGGCCUAAAUUUGAGCCUUUAGUAAAAGACAAUUCAGCAGGAGAUGAAGAUUGGAAUGAGUUUAAUGAUAUCAACAAAAUCAUUAUUAGGCAACCAAUUAGGACAGAGUACAGGAUUGCAUUCCCUUACCUGUACAACAAUCUGCCACAUUUUGUCGAGCUGUCAUGGUACCACACACCAAAUGUGAUAUACAUCAAAACUGAGGAUCCUGACUUGCCAGCCUUCUACUUUGACCCUCUGAUCAAUCCAAUAUCCCACCGGCACUCGGUGAAGUCUCUGGACCCCGUUCCAGAUGAAGAGGAGUUUUUGUUGCCCGAGGAAGUCACUCCAUUCUUGCAGGAGACAGCUCUGUACACUGAUAAUACUGCAAAUGGAAUUGCUCUGUUAUGGGCACCAAGGCCAUUUAACAUGAGAUCAGGACGCACACGUCGCGCCAUCGACGUACCAAUCGUAAAGACAUGGUACAAGGAACACUGCCCUCCAGGCCAGCCUGUGAAGGUCAGGGUAUCUUACCAGAAAUUGCUCAAGUACUAUGUGCUGAAUUCAUUGAAGCACAGGCCUCCAAAACCACAGAAAAAGAGGUACCUGUUCCGUUCCUUCAAAUCAACAAAGUUCUUCCAAACAACAACCCUGGACUGGGUAGAAGCCGGCCUGCAGGUCUGUCGCCAAGGCUACAACAUGCUGAACCUGCUCAUCCAUCGCAAGAACCUCAACUACUUGCAUUUGGACUACAACUUCAAUCUGAAGCCUGUGAAGACACUCACCACCAAAGAGAGAAAGAAAUCGCGUUUCGGAAAUGCCUUCCACUUGUGCCGUGAAAUCCUACGUCUCACGAAGCUCAUUGUCGACUCCCACGUUCAGUACCGGCUGAACAAUGUGGACUCGUUCCAACUGGCCGACGGGCUGCAAUACAUCUUUGCUCAUGUGGGCCAGCUGACGGGCAUGUACAGAUACAAGUACAAGCUCAUGCGGCAGAUCAGGAUGUGCAAGGAUCUGAAACAUCUCAUAUACAGGUUCAAUACGGGGCCAGUAUCAAAAGGCCCCGGCUGCGGCAUUUGGGCACCCGGCUGGCGCGUGUGGCUGUUCUUCAUGAGAGGUAUCACGCCUCUGCUGGAGCGCUGGCUCGGCAACUUGCUGUCCAGGCAGUUUGAAGGUCGACACUCCAAAGGUGUUGCAAAGACCGUGACCAAGCAGCGCGUCGAAUCCCACUUCGACCUCGAGCUGCGAGCGUCAGUGAUGCACGAUAUCGUCGACAUGAUGCCCGAAGGCAUCAAGCAGAACAAGGCUAGGACCAUCCUGCAACAUCUGUCUGAAGCCUGGAGGUGCUGGAAGGCCAAUAUUCCUUGGAAGGUUCCCGGACUGCCAACCCCAAUCGAGAACAUGAUUCUCCGCUACGUGAAAAUGAAGGCUGACUGGUGGACGAACACGGCUCACUACAAUCGCGAGCGUAUCCGCCGCGGCGCCACCGUCGACAAGACUGUGUGCAAAAAGAAUCUGGGACGGCUAACCAGGUUGUACCUCAAGGCUGAGCAAGAGAGACAACACAACUAUUUGAAGGAUGGUCCCUACAUCUCUCCCGAGGAAGCCGUGGCCAUCUACACAACCACUGUCCACUGGCUGGAAUCCCGUCGCUUCGCUCCCAUUCCGUUCCCGCCGCUCUCAUACAAACACGACACGAAACUGCUCAUUCUCGCGCUGGAGCGGCUAAAGGAAGCCUACAGUGUCAAGUCGAGGCUCAACCAGAGUCAGAGAGAAGAGCUGGGGCUCAUUGAGCAGGCGUAUGAUAAUCCUCACGAGGCGCUGUCGAGAAUCAAACGUCAUUUGCUGACUCAGAGGACUUUCAGAGAGGUGGGCAUCGAGUUCAUGGACCUGUACUCCCACCUGGUACCCGUCUACGACGUGGAACCCCUGGAGAAGAUCACAGACGCGUACCUGGACCAGUACCUGUGGUACGAGGCGGACAAGCGGCGCCUGCUGCCGCCCUGGGUCAAGCCCGCCGACACCGAGCCCUCGCCGCUGCUCGUCUACAAGUGGUGCCAAGGCAUCAACAACCUACAAGACGUCUGGGAAGUGGGUGAAGGCGAGUGCAACGUGCUUCUAGAAUCUCGCUUCGAAAAGCUGUACGAGAAGAUCGACUUGACGCUGCUCAAUCGUCUGCUGCGUCUUAUUGUGGAUCACAACAUUGCCGACUACAUGACUGCUAAGAACAACGUGGUUAUUAACUACAAGGACAUGAACCACACGAAUUCUUACGGUAUUAUCCGGGGGCUCCAGUUCGCGUCCUUCAUCGUGCAGUACUAUGGACUGGUACUCGACCUGCUGGUGUUAGGUCUGCAGCGUUCUAGUGAAAUGGCCGGCCCGCCGCAGCUGCCGAACGACUUCUUGUCGUUCCAGGACAGACAGACGGAAACGGCACAUCCGAUCAGGCUGUACUGCCGAUAUGUCGACAGGAUCCAUAUUUACUUCAGGUUCACAGCGGAAGAAGCCCGCGACCUGAUCCAGAGAUACCUGACGGAACAUCCGGAUCCGAACAACGAGAACAUCGUCGGCUACAACAACAAAAAGUGCUGGCCGCGCGAUGCGCGCAUGCGACUCAUGAAACACGAUGUAAAUCUUGGCAGAGCAGUGUUCUGGGACAUAAAGAAUCGUCUGCCGCGCUCAGUGACAACCAUCCAAUGGGAGAACAGCUUCGUCUCAGUUUACUCCAAGGACAACCCCAAUUUGCUCUUCAACAUGGCUGGAUUUGAGUGCAGGAUAUUGCCUAAAUGCCGUAGUCAAAAUGAAGAGCUAUCGCAUCGUGAUGGCGUGUGGAACCUCCAGAAUGAAGUUACGAAGGAGCGAACGGCUCAGUGCUACCUCCGCGUGGACGAUGAGUCGCUAGCACGCUUCCAUAACAGAGUCCGUCAGAUCCUCAUGGCUUCUGGCUCUACUACUUUCACGAAGAUUGUCAACAAAUGGAACACGGCGCUCAUUGGUCUAAUGACGUACUUCCGCGAAGCCGUAGUCAACACCCAGGAACUCCUAGACCUACUAGUGAAAUGCGAGAACAAGAUCCAGACCCGCAUCAAGAUCGGUCUCAACUCCAAAAUGCCGUCUCGCUUCCCGCCUGUCGUGUUUUACACGCCUAAGGAGCUGGGCGGGCUCGGCAUGUUGUCUAUGGGACACGUGCUCAUUCCUCAGUCUGACCUUCGCUGGUCGAAGCAAACCGACGUGGGCAUCACCCACUUCCGUUCAGGCAUGUCGCACGAUGAGGACCAGCUCAUUCCCAACUUGUACCGCUACAUCCAGCCUUGGGAGGCGGAGUUCGUGGACUCACAGCGAGUUUGGGCAGAGUACGCGCUCAAGAGGCAGGAGGCUAACGCUCAAAACCGACGACUAACGCUAGAAGACUUGGAAGACUCAUGGGAUAGGGGUAUCCCUCGUAUCAACACGCUCUUCCAGAAAGAUCGUCACACACUCGCGUACGACAAGGGCUGGAGAAUCAGAACUGAAUUCAAACAAUACCAGGUCUUGAAACAGAAUCCGUUCUGGUGGACGCACCAGCGUCACGACGGCAAGCUGUGGAACCUGAACAACUACCGCACAGACAUGAUCCAGGCGCUCGGCGGCGUCGAGGGCAUCCUCGAGCACACGCUUUUCAAGGGCACCUACUUCCCCACCUGGGAGGGGCUGUUCUGGGAAAAGGCAUCAGGCUUCGAAGAGUCGAUGAAGUACAAGAAGCUGACGAACGCGCAGCGAUCCGGUUUGAACCAGAUCCCCAACCGUCGCUUCACGCUCUGGUGGUCGCCCACCAUCAACCGAGCCAACGUCUACGUCGGUUUCCAGGUAAACAUUGAUUUGACCGGCAUUUUCAUGCACGGCAAGAUCCCGACGCUCAAGAUUUCGCUGAUCCAGAUCUUCAGAGCUCACUUGUGGCAGAAGGUCCACGAGUCGAUCGUCAUGGACUUGUGCCAAGUAUUCGAUCAAGAGCUCGACGCGCUGGAAAUUGAGACAGUCCAGAAGGAAACCAUCCAUCCCCGUAAAUCGUACAAGAUGAACUCGUCUUGUGCUGACAUUUUGCUGUUCUCUGCCUACAAGUGGAACGUGUCCCGGCCCUCGCUACUCGCUGAUACCAAGGACACCAUGGACAACACAACCACACAAAAGUACUGGCUGGACAUCCAGCUACGUUGGGGCGACUACGACUCUCACGACAUCGAGCGUUACGCCCGCGCCAAGUUCCUGGACUACACCACGGACAACAUGUCCAUCUACCCCUCGCCUACUGGCCUGCUCAUCGCCAUCGACCUGGCCUACAACUUGCACAGCGCAUACGGCAACUGGUUCCCCGGCUGCAAGCCCCUCAUCCAGCAGGCCAUGGCCAAGAUCAUGAAGGCCAACCCCGCGCUGUACGUGCUGCGCGAGCGCAUCCGCAAGGCUCUCCAGCUGUACUCCUCCGAGCCCACUGAGCCCUACCUCUCCAGCCAGAACUAUGGAGAGCUAUUCUCCAACCAAAUCAUUUGGUUCGUCGACGACACCAACGUGUACCGCGUGACGAUCCACAAGACAUUCGAGGGCAACUUGACCACGAAGCCCAUCAACGGCGCCAUCUUCAUCUUCAACCCGCGCACCGGCCAGCUGUUCCUCAAGAUCAUCCACACCAGCGUGUGGGCCGGACAGAAGCGUCUUGGACAGCUCGCCAAAUGGAAGACCGCCGAAGAAGUAGCGGCUUUGAUUCGUUCGCUGCCGGUGGAGGAGCAGCCCAAACAGAUCAUUGUCACCAGGAAGGGAAUGUUGGAUCCUCUUGAGGUCCACUUGUUAGAUUUCCCCAACAUCGUGAUCAAAGGAUCGGAGCUUCAACUUCCGUUCCAGGCGUGUCUCAAGGUGGAGAAGUUCGGAGACCUCAUCCUUAAGGCUACAGAGCCUCAGAUGGUGCUCUUCAACCUGUACGACGACUGGCUCAAGACCAUCUCCUCCUACACGGCGUUCAGCCGUCUGAUCCUGAUCUUGCGCGCGCUGCACGUGAACACCGAGCGCACCAAGGUGCUCCUGAAGCCGGACAAGAGCACGCUCACCGAGCCGCACCACAUCUGGCCCACGCUCGCCGACGACGACUGGAUCAAGGUCGAGGUGCAGCUCAAGGACCUCAUCCUGGCCGACUACGGCAAGAAGAACAAUGUAAACGUGGCAUCACUAACCCAAUCCGAGAUCCGCGACAUCAUCCUCGGCAUGGAGAUCUCGGCUCCGUCGGCGCAGCGGCAGCAGAUCGCCGAGAUCGAGAAGCAGAGCAAGGAGCAGAGCCAGCUCACCGCCACCACCACGCGCACCGUCAACAAGCACGGCGACGAGAUCAUCACCUCCACCACCAGCAACUAUGAGUCGCAGACCUUCAGCUCAAAGACGGAAUGGCGUGUCCGUGCCAUCUCUGCCACGAACCUGCAUCUUCGUACGAACCACAUCUACGUCAGCUCCGACGAUAUCAAGGAGAGCGGAUACACAUACAUUCUUCCUAAGAAUUUGCUUAAGAAGUUCGUCACUAUCUCCGAUUUGAGAGCACAGAUCGCGUGCUACCUGUACGGAACGUCACCGCCGGACAACCCCAUGGUCCGCGAGGUGCACUGCGCAGUGCUGCCCCCACAGUGGGGUACACAUCAACAGGUGCACCUGCCGCGCCAGCUGCCCAAGCACCCGCAGCUGGCGCACCUGCAGCCGCUGGGCUGGAUGCACACGCAGCCCAACGAGCUGCCGCAGCUCUCGCCGCAGGACAUCACGACACACGCCAAAGUAAUGUCCGAAAACCCGUCCUGGGACGGCGAAAAGACCAUCAUCAUAACCUGUUCCUUCACGCCCGGCUCCUGCUCGUUAACCGCCUACAAGCUCACGCCCUCGGGCUACGAGUGGGGUGCACGGAAUACCGACCGCGGAAAUAAUCCUAAAGGAUAUCUGCCGAGCCACUAUGAGCGUGUCCAGAUGUUGCUGUCUGACCGGUUCCUUGGAUAUUUCAUGGUGCCUUCGCAGGGCAGCUGGAACUACAAUUUCAUGGGCGUGCGGCACGAGCCCAACAUGAAGUACGGCGUGCAGCUCGGCAACCCGCGCGAGUUCUACCACGAGGUGCACCGCCCCGCGCACUUCAUGAACUUCGCCGCCAUGGAGGACGCCGUCGCGCCCGUGCUCGCCGCCGACCGAGAGGACCACUUCGCGUAAACCACUACAGCUACAGCUCGGCUCAUGGGACCUGCCAUUCAUGGAAUCAACAACACUUUGAUUGUGACUGACACCUGCCGGCUGAGCCGAAAUGACGAUAUCAACGACGCUAGACGCAACGCAGUCUUGCUCGCAAAGCGCCUGGGCGUUUGUGCAUUUGGCUACCCUGUGUAGAUAGAUAUACGAAACUCUCGAGAGCUACCAUUUUAUUGGUUACUCUGUUAUACACAUACAUAUUUUCAUUCACCUAUCCGCGUCAGCAUCGAGCUGUACCCGAACAUAGGCCUUUUAAUAAACUAGGAAGUCUAAAAACAGACACCGUCUACAAAAAUGAUUUCAUCCGCUAACGGGCUCAGAACGUAACGAAAAAUUAUAUGAGCGUUGCUAAUGAGGGCACACUGACAGGUUACAAUGUCUCCACUGUAACCUCUGUAAGCACGGAGUACAACCUGAGUUGCCAAGUUAAAAAAAAAUAUUUGAAAAAAUGUAAUUUGACAGUGACAGCAGGUGGAUAUAGUGGCGUUGUAAAAUAACUAUAGAUAAAACCCUACGAAUUGUAGCCACCUCAUAAUAGUGGAUGCCCUAAACAUAUUCACUGCGGAAGAUGUUGAAAGAUUUCAAGCUAAUUGCAGCAAGUAUUAAAAUGUUAGACCAUCUUGAGUUGACCACUUUGCGAAUGAAAGUGUGGACUAUGAUGAUCAAAUAAUGCGUCGGCGAUCGAACCGCAAAAUUUGUGAUAAAAUUAAGAAAUAAAUGGUGAAUUAUCCGGAUAUUAUUUUAUGUUAUUUGGUCGUAAACAAAACAUACCUUAAUGGAUUCUAAUACCGGUUGAAAAGUGAUGUGGACGAAUGAUGUUGACUUGUAAGCGUUUUGCUAUUAAGGAUAAUAAAUUGAAUAAUUUCAUAA